GUGACCGUUCGGCCGAUUGUUUUCUGUCAAAAUAAAACAAACCUCUCGUUCGCUCUGAAGCGUAAAGUUUUUCAUGAAGUAAAACGAUUAUAGCACUCGCAGGCCAACUUUAACUUUCUUUCAUUACUCGUCGUAACGUAGUUGAAAUAUAACUUUGUGCAUCAUUAUCACUGUUUCGAUCGGGUUAAAAGAAAACCUGACUUCUAGUUCAACGAUUUUUGCGAAAACGGCUGUGAAAAAACUAACCUAGAAAAAUACAUCGAUUCCAAAAAGUAUGUCCUACUUGUCGCGUCGUGAGCUUGAGGGCAUACGCCCCAACCUGGACAAGCUUGUCUACAAAGUGCUGGGAACCUCGGAUUCGUCGAUCUUAUCAACUAUUGAAAGCAAUCUUCACAGUGGUUUCGACAGGCGGAAACUCAUAGAGAAGCUGUCUUCGUUCCUUGACAAUAAAAAGGCGUCUCGACUUUCGGAUAAGGUUGAGGACUUCCUGGAUGAACUCAAAUCGUCCUCGCAUCGGUCAAAGAAACGAAGUCACGAAGAAGAUUCUCGAGAGAGGGACAAUAAAAAAACCAAAACGAAACAUGAUGAUAGCCAUAAAAAGCCGCCUGAGGAAAAAACUCGUCGGGAAGGAAACGGAAAUGGUAUCGCUGAUAAGGAGAGUAAAGGUUCGAAGGAAGAAAAUAUUUCCAAGAACUUUUCCUCCAACCAGAUCAAGGAGAUGAUGGAAAGUGCUCAAAGGGAAAUCGAGGAACGGAAGAAGAAAUUAGAAUCGAUAAAGGCUGCGAAAGCUCCUCCGGCGUCAGCGGUAGCCGCAGCCGCGGCUGUGUCGGCUAAGAUAACGGCUGCUGCUGCCGCAGCAAGCGCUACACCGCCACCAAUAGACGUAGAUCGUUCUCGUAAAAUAGCCCAGCUUCAAGAGCAAAUUCGGGCAAAACUGUCCGGAACUUUAGCAGCUGUUCUACCGGUGGUUAUUCAAGAUAAGCCUAAACCGCUAAUUUUGGAUGCCGAAGGUCGCACCGUCGACGGUAGUGGUCAAGCUGUUGAAGUCCCUAAAUUGACGCCAACCUUAAAAGCAAACAUACGCGCUAAGAAGCGAGAAACUACAAAAAUCCUUCAAGCUGAGAAGCAACAACAGGAGGAAUCGGCGGAAGCCCACUUCUUUGAUGAUAGGAUAACUAUAAAGCCGGCUGUUCGGAACAAACGCGCCCUUCGUUUCCACGAACCAGGCAAGUUCCAGCAGUUGGCCGAAAGGUUGCGUAUGAAAUCGCAACUCGAAAAGUUGCAGAAUGAAAUUUCACAAAUUGCGCGAAAAACCGGUAUUAGCUCGGCUACCAAACUAGCACUAAUCGCGCCAAAAGCGGAUACACACUCCAACGAGGUACCGCAAAUGGAAUGGUGGGAUUCCGUUAUCUUGACGGAUGAUUUGAAUACGCUAGGCAAAAAUGGGCGAAUCUCAAUCCGUGAGUCUGCCAUUACGAAUCUGAUAGAGCAUCCGACGCAGAUGCGCGCGCCAAAUGAAUCAUCCCGCCCUGUUUACUUGCCAGUAUUCCUCACGAAGAAGGAGCGCAAAAAACUCCGACGUCAGAAUAGGCGCGAAGCAUGGAAAGAAGAGCAGGAAAAAAUUCGCCUGGGAUUAGAACCGCCUCCAGAACCAAAAUUGCGCAUCUCCAAUCUGAUGCGUGUUCUCGGUACCGAAGCAGUUCAGGAUCCUACGAAGAUCGAGGCCCACGUUCGAGAACAAAUGGCCAAAAGACAGAAGGCUCACGAAGAGGCGAAUGCAGCUCGCAAACUAACCGAUGAUCAGCGAAGGGAAAAGAAAAUAAGAAAAAUGAAAGAGGACACCUCUCUGGGAGUACACGUGGCUGUUUAUAGGAUUCGGGAUUUGCAUGAUCAGCAAAGUAAAAAAUACAAGGUAGAAACCAAUGCCAAACAAUUGUUCAUGACCGGGGUGUGCAUUCUGUUUCGGGAUUGCUGCGUCGUUGUGGUUGAAGGUGGUCCCAAGCAACAGAAAAAAUACAAACGGCUGAUGUUGACCAGGAUCAAAUGGGAGGAAGAUUCGGUGAAAAAUGCUGACGGUAAUGAGGUACCCAACUCGUGCGUCCUUGUGUGGGAAGGCACCGCACAGAGACGACAUUUUGGAGAAUUUAAAUAUAAAUCUUUCCCGAUGGAAAAGAGUGCGCGAGAGUUCUUCCAGAAGCAUCACGUGGAACAUUAUUGGGAUUUGGCAUAUUCGGGAGCAGUUUUAGAAGCUUCGGAGGAUACCUAAGCAGGUUUGUGACUUUGUGUAUGCUGUUAGGGAUAACUUGUGAAAUUUUGAAAACUAUUUGUUAGAAGAAAGCUGACGUGAAAAUGUUAGGUUAAAUA